AACAAUUUCCAUUAGCGUCUUUAAAACUCAUCUCCUCAAAUUUAAAUAAAAUCAUCACCAACUGCUCGCUCGAAAAAGUGCGCGCUUGAUUAUGCAUGUUCCGAUCACGCUCGGUCGUAACGAGCCAGACACGAGCAAAGAUCCGCUCGGUUACACACGAGUAAAGAUCCGCUCGGUUACACUCGUUAAGAGCCUAGUAAUUCCUUUUCCUUUCCCAAAAUAGCAUGCCACGUGGAUGUUCGAAUGCCACGUGGAUGUUCGAAUGCCACGAUGGAUAUUCAUUUUCCUUUCCCAAAAUAGCAUUCUCCCAUUUCUCCGGCGGUUCAUAAUUUGAAACCCCAAAAAUGCCACAAACAAUCAUCUUCACGAUCCCUAAAUUUUGGAUAAACAGAAUCAAUCUCUCCUUAGGGCUUGUUACGGUUCAGAUUCAUCACAAUCUACAAAUCCCCCUAAUUCAAUGCAUGACGUUUUCAAUCAAAUAUUAGAGUUUUUACGUCAAAAAACGGUAUGGAGACGUUACAGGAUCUCAUCGAAGAGGCAAAGCUGCGUACAACAUGGUGGGCGGUUUGUAUCUUCAUCGUCGCUUUAUUCUUAACCAACACUAGCCAAUCAAUGUGGAUGAAUGUUCCAGCAGCGAUUCUUCUGGUAUCAGGUGUCCAUUUUAUAAUAACCGAAGUGGAAUUCCGGUGGAAGAUUAGGAAACCUAACAGACAAUCAUACUUAGUACAUCUAGAGAGAAAACAAUUAUCCGUGAAUGAUUCUCGUCUUACCACUUUGCCUCCUCAACCUAAAUGGAAGAAAAAGAUUGAUUCACCGGUUGUUGAGGCUGCAAUGGAGGAUUUUGUUAGCAAGAUUUUGCAAGAGUUUGUGGUUGAUUCGUGGUAUUCGGGUUUAACACCUGAUAAAGAAGCGCCGCAGCUACUACAUGCUGUUAUUAUGGAGGUUCUUGCUGAAAUAUCUGCGAGAGUCAAAGACAUUAACCUUGUUGACCUGCUAACCAGGGAUGUAGUUGAUUUAGUAGGGGAACACUUAGAGGUUUUCAGGAAAAACCAAGCUGCAAUUGGAAGAGAGGUUAUGGUGACGUUAUCUUCUGACGAACGAGAUGAACGAUUAAAACACCAUCUAAUGGCUUCUAAAGAGCUCCAUCCCGCUUUAAUAUCUUCAGAGAGUGAGUACAAGUUUCUUAAACGAAUUAUCGGGGCGCUUUUGACGGCAGUUCUUAGACCACGAGAAGCGCAAUGCCCUGUAGUUCGGUGCAUUGCACGUGAGUUGUUAACGUGUUUGGUAGUCGAACCAGUUAUGAGAUUUGCAUGCCCUGGGCGUAUCAAUGAGUUGAUUGAGGCUCUUUUCCUUGCCAACAAUACUAAAGAAGGAAAAGAUACAGGUGGUAAUCAGUCAACUGAUGUAACGGGUCAAAGUCAAACCCCGAAUCAGGAAAAAAGUCAAGAUUCGACUUUCAUGAAAGAUGGGUCUACUAGUAGCCAAAAGAACGAUACACCUAAAGACCAAAAGGAAACAGUUUUAAACCCAUCUGGGCCCAUGGCUUGUGGUCCGGUUCAAGACGAACCGUUGAACCCACCGACAUCUGCAUGGGCCCGGGUACUUGUGGCUGCAACCCAAAGAAGAACCGAAGUUCUUCAUCCUGAAAAUCUCGAAAAUAUGUGGACCAAAGGAAGAAACUACAAAAAGAGAACAAAUAAGAAAAUAGAAGGCUCGGGAAUAAAUGAAAAUUCUAACGAUCAAGUAACGGAGCAAAAUGUUGAUGGCGUUUUGAGCGAUCAAAGCAAGACAUCCGAUCCGUCUGAUUUAGUUGAUGAAAGUAAUUCUCAUGUUGUUGGAAGUAAAUCUAAAAUGGAAAGAUCAAAUAGUGUUUCGGACUCGAACGUUCAAAAUCAAGUUGGCGGAUCGAUAAUUUCGGAGUUUUAUAGCGCAAAUGUAGAUAAUUUAAAUAAUAUUAAGACCGUUUCGGAUAAAGUAACACGUACUGAAGGGUGUGUUCCAAAGCUCAGGUGUCGGGUUCUGGGAGCAUACUAUGAAAAUAUUGACUCAAAAUCGAUUGCAGUUUAUUCGAUUGCGGUAACUGAUGCUGAUAAUAAGACUUGGUUUGUGAAAAGAAGAUACAGUAAUUUUGAUAGAUUGCACCAAUAUCUGAAGAACACUCCUAAUUAUAAUUUACAAUUGCCUCCGAAAAGAAUAUUCUCAUCUAACACAGAGGACAAAUUUGUUUAUAAACGUUGUAUACAACUUAAUAAAUAUCUUCAGGAUCUUUUGUCUAUAGCCAAUAUUGCAGAUCAACAUGAAGUAUGGGACUUCUUGAGCAUGUCUUCAAAGAGUUACUCUUUUGGACGAUCAUCAUCCGUUGUGAGAACCUUAGCAGUCAAUGUGGACGACGGUUCAAUGAAAACAGUUACGAGCCCGUGUCUCCCAUCUGAUUUGGCUAACAGUUUUACUGACAAUGAGGAAGGUGAAAAGGAUAGAUUAGUUAACCAUGACGAAAAAGUGAGCCCCGCUGCACAACCUAAUGAGCAGAUUGUGGAAAACAGUGAAAACGUUCCUUCGGUUUCUGCUCUUAAAGAAGAUCCACUUGGUGUGCCUGCAGAGUGGAGCCCACCAAAUGUAAGUGUUCCGUUGCUAAAUUUAGUGGACAAGAUAUUUCAACUCAAGAGACGCGGCUGGUUAAGACGUCAGGUUUUUUGGAUAUCAAAGCAAAUUUUGCAACUAAUGAUGGAAGAUGCUAUUGAUGAUUGGCUUUUGAGGCAAAUUCAUUUCCUCAGGAGAGAUAAUAUUGUUGCUCAAGGAAUUCAUAUGCUCCAAGAUAUUCUCUGGCCUGAAGGCACAUUUUUUCUAAAAUCAAGGACAAGUCAAACAGAUUCUUCGCAGUCAAACGACGGAUCCGGCAAUAAAAAUAAUAAACAAGGGUCUUUUGAGGAGCAGCUUGAAGCUGCACGUAGAGCUAGUGAUAUCAAGAAGAUGAUAUUCAAGGGCGCACCAACUACAUUGGUCAGCUUGAUUGGACGUAAGCAAUACAAGCGAAGUGCUAAAGACAUAUAUUAUUUUCUCCAGUCUGCUGUAUGUUUGAAGCAACUCGGUUAUGGUUUACUUGAACUUGCACUCAUGGCGAUUUUCCCGGAGCUGCAAGGCAUCAUAUUAAAUGUUCAUGAGAAGAAAAAAGAGCAGGUGGUGUAGAUAUGUUCUCUAAUUUGAUCACAAAGUUUUGAUGUUUAGAUUGACAACUAUUGUUUCAUUCUUUUAUUGGUAUGCAUUUGGCCAAAAUCAUUUUUUUUGAUCAUAUUCUUCUAACUGUAGAAAGAGAAAAGGGUAGCAAGAAUCUGUAUAGAUGUUCACACGAUGUUAUAUAAUCACUCUUGCACCCUUUA